AUGCUAGCGACUAUGAGCCUGGUCAAAGUGUCUACAUUCUACUAUUGGCAACAACAUUGGUUGGACAUCAUCAAUUACGUCACCAAAAUUGACCUGGCUGAAAGGCAGACGAAUGACAAAAGAAAGAUGGAAUUAAUCAACAACUUUACUAAAUAUUGUCGUAAAAUCACGUACAGCUAUUGGUUUCUAGUUUACACUACUGUGUCUUUUGUUAUAUGCUACCCUUUAGCUAAAUACUUGUUUUCUUCGACAUACAGGCAGAAUGUUAAUAAUGGUACGGAACCAUAUUUUGAAAUAGUAAGGUCUUGGGUACCCUUUGAUAAAUCAACUGCUAAAGGAUAUUUUGUAGCAUCUAUUUAUCAAGCUUUUUCAGCUAUUGUUGGAGGGGGGUGGAUUACUACCUGCGAUAGCAAUGCUAUAGUACUUAUGGUAUUCUUCAGAGCUGACUUAGAGCUAUUGCGGAUUGAUUGUACAAAUAUAUUUGGUACAAAACAUGCACAAGUCUCAGAUGACAUUGCUAUCCAAAGAUUGAAGGAGUGCAAAAGAAGACACGUGGAGUUAAUGAAGUAUUAUCAUUUGUUUGAUUACUGUUUAUCACCAAUAAUGUUUUGUUACAUGAUUGUGUGUUCUAUAAUGCUGUGUGUUACAGCUUAUCAAAUAACGAGUCUGGAUUUGAGUAGUGCUCCUUUUGAAAGUAUCUGGUGGGAAAGGGGUGUGGAGCAUAGGAAAAAUUUACACAUCCUAACGUCUCAACUUAGACAGGUUGUGAAAUUUUCAGUGGGACCAUUCACAACACUUACCGUGGCUACAUUCAUUCAAAUUAUUAAAGGAGCUUACAGUUACUACACUUUGCUGUCCAAAUCACAAAUGAAGUGA